GCGCGACCGCAUCGCUGCCGGAUGGCAUCCCGGGCCUGAGCUUCGAGAGGCUCCUCAGGCGAAAGGGCGUGGAAGCCACUGGGGCCUUGAGACUCGGCGGGCCCUACCCCGCUUCCCUCCGGGUGGCGGCGCUGUGACGAGCGGCUGACAGGCGCAAAGAAAGGCAGCCCUCUGCUGUCUGGAGAAAAGCGGAGGCCUGGGCUACCCGCCUGGGGAGGAGGGAACCGAGGGCAGUGCUGGGGGCAGCGGGCCAGCGAGGCUGAAGGCGCGCGUGGGAGGCGGGGGUCCUGGGUGGAACGAGGGUUCCAGGAUGUCAGAGAAAGAUGCCUCCCGGGAAGAGGCGGGCUAAAGCCUGGAUACCACCACGGGCCUCAAGACACGUGGGAGACCGGGGUGAGGCUGGUGUCAAGGCUCCAGGGUUCCAUGCCCCGAGUUCAGGGAGUUAGUUUGAUGUAGGAGGCCAUAGGUCUCAUACAGAGGGAUCCCGGUCACUAUGGAGGACCCGCAACCUGAAGAGACUAUGGAGCAGCAGGAUUCGUCCAAGGAGAGGAGUCCCCGCAGUCCAGGAGGCGACAUCUGCCACCUGGGGGCCCCGCAGUGCACCCGCUGCCUCAUCACCUUCGCCGAUUCCAAGUUCCAGGAGCGUCACAUGAAGCGGGAGCACCCAGCGGAUUUCGUGGCCCAGAAGCUGCAGGGGGCCCUCUUCAUCUGCUUCACCUGCGCCCGCUCCUUCCCCUCCUCCAAGGCCCUGAUUGCUCAUCAGCGCACCCACGGUCCAGGCGCCAGGCCCUCCACGCCAGUGGCACCCCCUGCUGCCCAGCCUACAUUCCCCUGCCCUGACUGUGGCAAGACCUUUGGGCAGGCUGCUUCUCUGAGGCGCCACCGCCAGGCGCAUGAGACCCGCACCUCUCCGGGCCCCUUUGCCUGCACGGAGUGUGGUCAGGACUUUGCCCAGGAAGCCGGGCUGCAUCAGCACUACAUCCGGCAUGCUCGGGGGGAGCUCUGAGUAAGGGUUACGCCCUCCCUAGGACAGUGGGUGGGGGUGGGUUCUCUGGCUGCUAGAACCCACCUCUGAUACGGGAUGGGGGCCUUGGAAGGAUUCACUUCCCUCCCUGGACAGGUAAAGGACUCCGGAUAAAUAGGGCCCAGCAGAUGCUCCUCUACAGUUUCAGUCUUUGGAGGGCACAAAGGCCUUCAGGGAUAUAGUGAAAUUAGUGAGAUCUUUGUUGGAAAAAAAAAAGAGAGAGCAAGCAAAAGUGAAAACUGUUAUUUGUAUCUCCCUCAUUCCCAAUUAAAUAGUUUGAAAUCACAA